AGCUAGCUUCGUCGCCCUCGGCUGUUUUCAUCUGAAACUUCACCUCAACGGUGCAUAGUACCUGUUUGUAGCUCAAAUUCUGCUGAGACAGGAGCUAGCGAGGGAUCCUCCUUUAGUUUUCUACAUCAGUAUUUAAGCAGCCAGCAACUAUCCUUAUCUCAGCCAUGGGAGACGCAGAACUGAAGAAAGUCUUCGAGGAGUACGCCGCGUUCGGCCGACCGGGGCAAACCAAGGACAUCACAAGCAAGAACUUCACCAAGUUGUUCAAGGAAAAGGGCCUUAUCGACAGCAAGAAGCUGAAUGGCACAGAGGUUGAUAUGAUAUUCACCAGGGCCAAGGGGGGACCCGCCAACAAGGUCUUGACCUUUGCCCAGUUCCAAAAAGCCUUGGUCAUGGCCGGGAAAUCCAAGUACGGCGAGGAGUCGGAGGCCAACACUGAAAAGAUCAAGAGCAAGAUUCUGUCCGGUGCUGGACCGUCAACUGCCAACACAACCGGAACCUCAAAAGUCGGUGGUGUGGACCGAAUGACGGACACCUCCAAGUACACUGGAUCUCACAAGGAACGGUUUGACGAGUCAGGAAAAGGCAAGGGUUUGGAAGGACGCAAGGAUCUGACCAAAAACACAGGCUACGUCGGCAACUACAAAGAGGAAGGGACAUACGACAAGAAACACUAAAUGGUUCCGAAGAGCAACCUGAUUGGACAGCGGUUGCUCGUUCGAGAUCAUGGAGGUGUCACCGAUCCCGAUCUUUUACACUCACAAAUGGGAGGGAUUCAUAUCACCAAAUGUUUUGCGUUUCGCAUGUUUCACAGAGUGAACAAAAACUCACUAAUGCGACGUCCUGUUGUAGCCUCACGCUAAGGGUCUGUGUCAAUUGAUAUCCGGGACGAGUUACCGAACAAGUUCCAGACAUUGUGUCGGGUAUAAGUUGCAGGAUUCUGAGCAACUUCCCCGCAAUCUUCCCGCAAUGAAGUUAUCAGUAUUGGUGAGUCAAGCAGUUGCUAAUGAAACUUGCCCCGGAACAUGUCCGGGACAAAUGCAGAGCUUCUUUCAGACAAAGUGAAUGAUUCUAACUGCAACUUGUCCGGAACUCGUCCCCGGAUAUGAAUAGAGACGGGCCCUAAGGCUCAACAUUUAUUCUUUUUCUUUUUCUUGUUUUCGUACUGAAUUGUGGAUAUUUUUACAAACCAAGUGUUUUACAUGGUUUCUAUAAACAUUGAGGAAAUAACCUCUGGACUGGCAAAACCUUAAUGCGCAUUUGACAACUUCUAUUUACAAGAUAUGUACCAAAUGUUUUGAUGAAACCAAAAUUUACAAACCAGCUCAGGAAACAGACAGCAAUUUGGGAUUAGUGACACUUCUUAGAGAUCCCAGAACUAUGUUACCGAAAGAUAGAAGGAUUGUAGUUUGUGUGUAACCAUAGCAAUUGAUACCUAGCUGUAGGUGAAUUUCACUGUUUACUGAAAUUUGUUUAGAAGAUUUCCCAGCCAACUUUCUUAUUUUUCGGCUUAAAUAUCAACAACAUAAUUCUUCACCAGAAUUCUAUUUAAUUGUAUUUUUAAAAAAUCCGAUUGAAUGUUUUACUGUGAUUGAGCAAUAUAAACUACCAAAUUAAAAUCGCACUGACUUUCAAUGUGACAAUCAUGAAUUUGUUGAAUUUUAUGGACCACGUUUUAAAGCACAAAAUAAAUAUCUAUUCUCUUUUUUUUUAUUUCAAAAAGCCUAUUAAUGAAAUUGUAUUGAGUUUUUGAUUAUAUAAAAAAAAAUCUAUUAUGAAUAACUGAAAUCCUUUACUUGAGGGGAACGGACAACAUAAUCACCAAAGAUUUGAUAUUGGAGUUGAUUUUUUUAAAGUGCACCUUUUCACAAAUGUAUGCAAGAAUUUCUGCGAGUUGGUUAAAAACAAAAUGUGGAAUUGAACAAUGCCCAUUAUUACCGUCUUUCAAUUUUUUUUCAUUACAAGAAAGAUUUCACUGUGUCUCAAACCUUGGAUACUUUCAUAAUUCCUUUGACAACAGUGCCAGAACUCAAAAUGUGCCUUUUUAAAUUCCUUAUAAUUCUUUUGUUCAGAGGUUUGUUGUCAGUUUCCAACAUGGAAGAUCAAACGACUCUCACAAUGUUAUCAGCGAAUGUUGAGAUUCAUUUAAACAACUUGUAUGUGUUAAGAUUGUGCCUUGAAGAAACAAAAAUGAGUAACAAUAUGCGGCUUAUUCGCUUUUGUAAACAAAGAAAUAUCAUCACUGAAGUUACAUGGAUUGAUAACUGAUUUAAUAUAAGGCUACAUGUUUGAAAGGUAAAAAAAAAAGCUCUUUAUACAUGUAAUUGUAAGCAAGCACAGUUUAAACCAUGAAAUUGCUGAACUCGCUCAAAAACUUUUGCCCUACGCAGUUUUGUCUGUUAAUUUAAUCUUGAUUUGCUAAAUAACCCAAAGAAGAAAAUUGUAUUAGAAAUUUCAAUUGAUUUCUGAAAUACUUUAUUUCUAUCUUUAUUUUUGUUUGAUGAAGUAAUACUCAAUACCGUUGAAUUAUAUAAUAGUGUAGUUUAAAGCUGUACUAUCUUUCUGUAAAUGCAUGGUGACCAAAUGCAUGCGAAUGUAACAGGGUUCAGAAUACAAAUAGUGAAGAAAAAUGGUACCUUUUAAUUCAAUUUGAUGUUAAGCUUUAAUGCAAUGUAUGCAUGAACUUUUAAGUGUUUGUGAUUUAAGUGUGUAAGCUUUAAGGAGUUAAAAAUAUGUAAAAGCUCCAAGUUGUUAUUUCCUAAGCGCUUAACAUUCCGUCAACUAAAUAUAAUCUAUUCCUAUCUUACACUGCACAAACCAUGUUUUAAUAACAUAAAUAUUUCCUUCUUUCAUUUGGGGGCCAAAAAAAAAAAAAGACUUUAGUCGAGGUCAUAGCGCUGUUGCUUUAGUAUAAGAACUAGAAGUUAAAAGGAAAAUGUUCACUGAAGAUGAGACCAAACCUUUCCUAGUUCUCAAAUAUUAGUUCCUCACUUACAUGUAACUAACCAAAAAUAUAUUUUGGGAUAUCAAACAGUGCUCAUACAAGGGCUAUCAACUAUGUCUUUUAAUAUGCAUGAAAUAUUGCCAAAAUGGUUCCAUUAUGCUAGUGAUUGAAAAGUCAAGUAUUUGUAGUUCUAAAAACUACCAAAAUCCACAGAAAUCCACUACAAGGUUUGGCAGUACGUUAGUUGAUGGAUUUUGGUGGAUUGGGGAGGUUCCGUGCAAACAUGCCAAAUAUCUUUAGCUAGAACAAGCAUGUAUAUCCAUCAGUUGACACGGCCAAACAGCAACUUCCAGACCUUCUUGAAAUCUUUGAAAAAGUGAUGUGCAACUAUUUAGUCCAAGACUUAGAUUGUCUAUUUUUAGCAAUAUUACUAUCCUUGCGCUUUCCUUAUAUGCACAUAAAAAGUAGUGAGAUUUUACACUUAUUUUCCCAUAUUUUAUAGAAUAAAUUGCUGCGUGCCAAGUUAUGUUUUGUUUUUUUAGAAUGUAAUUGUGAUCAUUGAUUGCUGUGAUUCUGAAUAUUAAAUCUUGAAUAAAAUUUAUGAUAAAUGUAA